AUGCUGUAUUUGGAUUGGGGCAACCCCAAGGAUGAGUACGGCCUGGGAGAAGAACUCACUGAGAGCAGACCUGCUGAGAAGGACUUGGGGGUGCUGGUGGCCCCGCCCAGCGGCGGCCGCGCGGAGGGCACGCGGCCCCGUGCGUCACGGGCUGCGCGCGCGGCCAUUGGCCGUGGCGGGCGCUGCCCCGCCCCCGGAUGUCAGCCCCGCCGGUGUCGCGGCCGCUUUGCGCCCUUGUCGUUUGAAACUCGGCCCAAGAUGGCGACGGCGGCCGGGAGCCGGGCCGAGGCGGCGGCCAGGCUGGAGGGGGCGGAGGGAGAGGAGGAGACGGCGGCGGCCGCCGCGGCGAAGAAUGAGGACGGGGGAAAAGACGGCGGCGGGGCGGGCAAAGCGGCGGGUGUUGCGGCGGCAGCCGGCGGGGCGGCUGGCGGCGGCGAGAGCGAGGUGGACGAGGAGGAGGACGAGGAGGACGUGUUCGAGGUGGAGAAGAUCCUUGACGUGAAGAAGGAGGGGGGUAAAAUUCUCUAUAAAGUCCGGUGGAAAGGAUACACCUCUGAUGAUGAUACCUGGGAACCAGAGGUUCACUUGGAAGACUGCAAAGAAGUGCUUCUUGAAUUCAGAAAAAAGAAACUAUCUCUAAAUGACGAUAUAUUCGAAGCAGAGUCUGACAGCGACUGGCAGAGUGAAACAAAAGAUGAUGCUUCAUCAAAGAAGAAAAAGAAGAAGUCAAAAGAGGGAGAGGAUAAAAGUUCAGAUGACUCGAAGAAGAAAAAAUCUAAGUCUGGAAAACUCAAGGAAAAACCCAUAACAGAAUGUGAAAAUUCCUCAGAUACUUUGGCUUUAGAUUCAAAGCCAAAAAAAAGGACUUUAGAAACUGAGGAUCCAAAGGACCCAAAGAAACAAAAGAAAGAAGAAACUAAAGAAAUCAAGAAAAAGAAGGGAGAAGUUAAAGAUUUAAAAAUAAAAUCUAAAGAAGAUUCUAAAGAAAAUAAAAAACCACAGAAGGGGAAGCAUGGAGAUGUUCAGUUUGACUCAGGAUCAGGCAUUGUAGAUGAUUCAGUUUAUCAAGGAACUGAUAAUGAAAAUUCAAACAUAAAUUCUGAAAAUAAAGACGAGAAACGAAAGGUAGUAAGUGGAGAAGAAAGAUUGGAACCAGAAACUGAUGAAAAAGGUGCUAUUACUGAUAAAUGUCUUGAUGGAUCAGCAAGUAAUGAAGAUGAUAGUAUUGAUAUUAGGGCUAAAAGAAAGAAGAAAAAAAUUCAGAAAGCAGAAGACUGUAGAGAAGAAGGUGGCAAAGCAGAAAUUCAGGAUACUAAUUUAGAGAAGCAGAGCAUGCACAAAAAGCAAACAGGUCAAGAAAAAGUACCGGGAGAGCUGGAGAAAGUGUCACCUGCUCCUUCACCAGUGCAGAGGGGUUUGAAAUUGAGCCCUGAAGAGAGGGUGUGCAAGCCCACUGAUUCCCCUGGGGAGGAAAAAGAAGUAAAGAAAACUGAAAUUAAAGAAAAACCUCAAAAGAAAGAGUCUGAAAAAGAAGAAAAAAACAGAAAAGAACAGAAAGUCCUAAAAAAUGGCAAGCAGCAAGUCCUGAGUUUGGGUAUGGACAUGCAGUUAGAAUGGCUGACACUAGAAGAAUUCCAGAAGCAUCUUGAUGGAGAAGAUGAGAAUCAUGUAUCAACAGAACCAAUAUCAAGUGCUCUCCUGAGAGAUGCUGUUAAAAGUGGAGACUACAUGACAGUGAAAAUGGCACUUUCUUCAAAUGAGGAAUAUAAUUUGGAUCAAGAGGACCCAAGUGGAAUGACCCUGGUGAUGCUUGCUGCGGCUGGAGGGCACGACGACCUUCUGCGGGUGCUAAUCAGGAAAGGAGCUAAAGUUAAUGGCAGACAGAAAAAUGGAACAACUGCAUUGAUACAUGCAGCUGAAAAGAAUUUUCUAACAACAGUAGCCAUUCUUCUGGAAGCUGGAGCAUAUGUGAACAUGCAGCAGAGCAGUGGUGAAACUGCCUUAAUGAAGGCUUGUAAAAGAGGGAAUUCUGAUAUAGUGCGGCUCAUGAUUGAAAGCGGAGCCGACUGCAACAUUUUGUCCAAGCACCAGAACAGUGCCAUGCAUUUUGCUAAACAGUGCAAUAACACACUGGUGUAUGAGCAGCUCAGGAACCACUUGGAAACGCUCUCAAAACUAGCAGAAGAUACCAUCAUGAAUUACUUUGAUACUUGCCUUGCUUUGCUGGAGCCAGUGUUCCCAAUUGCAUGUCAUCGUCUCUGCGAAGGGCCAGACUUUUCUUUGGAUUUUAACUACAAACCUCCACAAAAUGUCCCAGAAGGAUCUGGAAUUCUCCUCUUUGUUUUCCAUGCAAAUUUCAUUGGUAAAGACAUUACUGCUCGCCUCUGUGGACCAUGCAGUGUACAAGCUGUGGUUUUAAAUGACAAAUUCCAGCUCCCUGUAUUUUUGGAUAGUCACUUUAUUUAUUCCUUCAGCCCUACUGCAGGCCUUAACAAGCUUUUCAUACGGUUGGCAGAAGCUCCUACUGCCAAGGUAAAGCUGCUCAUAGGAGCUUACAGAGUGCAGCUGCAGUGACCUCUGAGCAUGAGUGGACUGACACUUUUUUGGAUAUACUUCCAGUUCCUCUCUUCAGAGACUGACAAAGCAGUUUGGAACUUUUUGGCACCACGCUCCGAAGACUCAGUUCCCAGCUUGCUGCUGCUCCUUGCAGUCACAAGAAGUGUGUGUUGAAGAGCAGUUGAAUACGCUGCACUGGUGGGACAGGGUUGUCAGCUUUUUUUACUUUGUACAGAUGUAGAUGUAAGUAUUUGUGCCAAUACAUAGGAAUUCUGUUUUUCUUUAACUUGUGGAGUCCAGACUGCAUAUUUCAGCUUUUCCACAAUGUGGAAUGGUGCAUAUAAGAACUAUUUAAGGUAAAGACAUUUCAUGUAAUUUUUAAAGAUCUUCUUCAUUUGUAAACUAAAGUUUUCUACUUACUCUAACAUUUUCUCUGUGAAAUGCAGAAUUGUCAUAUUAUUGGAAUGGGCAGAAAUUACACUUUAAAAUGACUGCAUUAGAUUUAACUUUUAAGUUGCUGAGGGCUGUGUUCUGGUUUAAAACUCCUCCUGUUUCUGUCUCUCAGUGAGACACCAGUUAUGCUUAGAGUGGUUCCCUUUGAACAGAGUUCAGUCUGCGAGCAUGAGCAAAGAUGUGAACAGGCUCAGUUCACAGAAGGGUCGCAGUCAAGUUCCCAGUUACAUCACUGGUCAAACCUGCUUUGGUAUUAGAGAAGCAACUGGUAGUUUUACAGACAUCUUAACUUUUGAGGUCUUGGGUCACAUCUGGAAUAACAAACACAACCUGAAAAUAGCAAACCAGAAAAUUUGUAGCUACCUUCAGUGUCCAGGCAGUGCUAUUUGUAGGCAGGAAGAUACCUAGAGAAUUUCAGAUGUCCUCAGCCUGCCAGGUGACAGAACAUGUGUUGUCCUUUACUUCAGAAAUUCAGCUCCUCAGUGCAAAAAGCUGCUAUCUUUUUAUUUUAUUAUUAUUAUAUUAUUAUUUUAUUUAAAUGACCCAUUUUAUCAGAUGACAGCAGUUUUGUAGUGGUCCUGUGCUGUAAAAUAUAAAUGUAAUACUUCUGCAUGGAGUACAGAAUAUUUUUCUUUGUAAAUCAACCACCAUCUUGAAAGGUAGGAAAAACCAAACCGGAUCGUGCCUUUGCUGUUCUAGUUGUUGUGUGUAGUUUACAUGCCACUAUGUGCCUAUAUUAUUAGCAAAACUAUUGUGCAUAAAUUCUUGAUGAUUUUGACUGCUCACCAUCAAAAUGGUGCAGCUGUAUGAAGUAUCCCUUUUAAGAAUUUUCUUAUUAUCAAGUUCAGUGAUUUUUUUUAAUAUAAAGUUCAGGUAACCAGUUUUUAAAUCUUGGUUCUUGAAGUUUAAAUCUUUCAUAUUUAAGAGAUGCCAAAUGAAUAACAAAGGACGCCAAAUUUGUGGAAUGUCACAUUAAGCUAUAUAAAACUAGAACAGCAGCAUGACAUACACUCAUUUCUGUUUCGAUUUAGAAUAGUUGUUUAUGUUUUUGCACAGUAUUGAUGAAAUCUUAACAAAUUUGGGUUUUGAACAGACUUUUGAUACCUCCACCUCUCUGAAAUAUGUUAGAUACCUCACUUUGCUAAGUGUGAACUCCUGAGACGCACGAAAAGCGCUGGCUGAGAAUCAGGUAUGUCGCUGCCAGCACUUGGGACUUUGUGUAGCUGAAAUUUCAGUUGCUGUGCAUUAACCCUGGGUGAUGCAUCAGGAGAGGGGCCGCUGGUGUUUCCUUGCGCUGGAAUGCCAGGUUUCAUCAGCGUGGCUGCCCCUCGCCCUUACUCCGGUGCAGGACGUGUGGCAGUGCAGUGUGUGUAGGACAAGGUCUGUACAGCACCUGCCAGUGGGGAAUGCUGGAGCUGCUCCAGGUGGGGAUAAAAGGUGUUUUGAAAAAAUGUCCAAAUGAUAGAGAUGGUAUUUAGAAACUGUUGUACAGUCUAACCUAACAAUGUCUCGUAAUGCUCCAAGAGUUGAUAUAGCAACUAGUUUGUCAAAGGCUGUUGAUUUGGGGGGAUUGUUCUGUUUUUUAGCUUGAGGCACUUGGGAGAGAGGGAGGAGUUCUACAGGACAUGGGAAUGAAGUCUGAGUUUCAUGAUGCAUUUAUUAGAGAUGGAUAUCUUGCAGCCAUCUUUCUCUUUUAGCUGGCAAUAUAAAUUCAGAAUCCCUAUUGAAGAUGCAUAAGAAGUGUACAAAAAGCUGUUUGAAACUGGGUUUUGUCCGUUUUUAUUGUAAUGUUUUUAUCCAAUUGCUGAAAAAGGUUUUGAUGACAAAGGAUGAAGAGAAAGUAGCUACAAUAAAAAACGAUUCUUUAGGCACUGUGGAGAAA